CGAAAAUCUCAGGCCAACGGCAGAUUUCAACCACCGCUAUACCAAAAGCCUUCAAAGGUCAUAAUCACCCCUUUUGCUUUUUUGUUCAAACGAAACUCGCUGUAUUUCCUGGAUGCCGUCCAAAGCGCAAGAUUUCCAAGCCUGGUUUUAUCUGGAAAGGACAAGAGUAUGAUUAAAGCAAGAAAGCCGCACAACAAAUCAAGGAAUGGCUGUAUCGAGUGCAAACGUCGUCAUGUCAAGUGCGAUGAGACACGCCCAAAAUGCGUCAAUUGCGAGGUUUCAAAGCGUCACUGUUCAUAUGAAGAUAUGAUAUCGAGUGCGACUGCUUUAGUGUCUAAUUCCCGACGCAAGCCAAAGCGAAUUGCCAAAAAUAAUAAAGCAUACGUGGAUUCUUCGCAUGCUGCUGAUCCCGGUGUCAUAAAUGACAGUCCCCCGGUUAAUAAACUGCAUCUAGAAUUACUCCAUCACUUUAUUACAGACAUCUUGAGAUUCCUUGGCCUCAAUAACUUCACAUCCGAGGGCUCUACUAUCGACAUGACGAGAUAUAUCUUGGCUGCGCCAUUUCUUAUGAAUCAAAUUCUUGCGUUCGCUGCAUUGCAUCUCAGCAUCAUUAAGCCGACGAGACGGGACUUUUACCAAUAUCAUGCGUCGCAGCUUCAAACACACGCCCUUUCUGAAUUUAAUAGUGCAAAGCUAGAAAUAUCCGCCGAAACCUGCGUCCCCAUGUUUCUUUUUUCUUCGUGCCUGGGAAUGCAUGUCCUCACCGAGAAGCUACUGUCUCGCCCAGAUAGCUUCCAGACGUUUCUUGACGACUUCAUCCAGUCAUUGAGAAUGCAUAGUGGCGUACGUGCAGUUGCCGGUCAGUCGUGGCAUCUGCUUUUGCAGUCACCCCUUAAAUCUUGGCUUGAACACGAAGGGAGCAUGUUAGAUCAAAGUGCCUCCGGUGACGAGUGCCUCGAGCUCCUAGCUCUUGUGGAUACGAUGCUUGACCCCACAAUAAGCUCUAUCUACAGACUGGCGAUUGAGGACUUGCAGAAGGCUUAUAAUGCGAGCUGUUCCCCUUCAUCAAAUUUCUCCAGGAUUGGGCCAAUCAUUUCCUGGCCAGUCACCAUCUCUUCAGAUUACAUAAAGCUGCUUACAGAGCGCCGACCAGGAGCUCUUGCUAUUUUGUCACACUUCGGAGCACUACUACACAUGCAUAGUGAGAUGUGGACUUUUGGUGAUAGUGGUCUUUAUAUCAUCGCUUCUAUCAAUGAUUACCUUGGGCCCGAGUGGGAGAGAUGGCUGCAGUGGCCGAAUGCGUUUAUUCGAGAUGAAAUGUAA